AUGGUCAAGUCGAUCUUUCUAGCAGCUGCGUCAGCGUUUAUCACGCAUCAUCUUGUUUCUGCACAAGAAGGUGCCUUUCUCCCUUCAGCCGGCUCCAACCUCAAUUAUGCUUCCUAUUCCUGUGAUCCAUCUACGUGUAUUGCACCAGCAUGCUAUUGCGCUACCAAAGACCCUCCUGCUGGUCUCUCGCCUAGCAGUGUCCCUCAAAUGGUUUCCGUCACCUUUGACGAUUCCAUUCAACCACAACUCCUGGAAACAGCAUACAAGAUGCUGAACGUGAAAAAUCCAAAUGGAUGCAAAGCAAAAGGAACCUGGUAUGUGUCCCUCCAAUACAACGAUUAUGCAUCAACACAGCAGUGGUAUGCAGCAGGCAACGAAGUGGCAGAUCACACCUUCUCUCACGUCGGCUCGCCUUCUGAGCAGGAAAUUGUCAGUUGUCAGAGAGCUUUGAAUGCGUAUGCAGGCAUACCAUAUGGAAAAAUCCAAGGUUUCCGAGCUCCAUUUCUCAAUUACACCACAAACACUUUAAAAAUAAUCAAGGACCAUGGCUUUACCUACGAUUCCAGCGUCAGCUCCGCAGGAGGAAAGAAUUUUUACCCUUACACCCUGGAUAACGGUCUGGCCAACGACUGCUGGAAAGGGGUUUGCGAUUCGUCAUUGAAGUUGCCCGGUCUGUUUGAGAUACCAAUGUACUCUGUCACGGACGGCUCAGGCACAGAACGUUUGAUGGAUGUGUAUUUGGACGGGAAACCUAGUGACGCUAAAGCCUGGACGCUAAAGACAUUUGAGAGUCACUAUAAUGGCAACAGACAGCCAUUUGGCAUCUACGUUCAUCCUGCUCACUUAACCACGCAGGCAGGCGGACCAGAUGCCAGCGACAAGCUCAGUGCCAUCGUGUCGGCCAUUCAAGAGAUGGCAGCGAAAAAAGAUGUGUGGUUUGUUACCAACCUGCAGCUUGUGGAAUGGAUGAAAAAGCCGGUGCCUGCUUCGGAAAUGGCUCAGCAGCCCUACAUGCACUGCGAGCAACCAGAUAUCAAGCAAGAGAUCUGCAAUGGCUUAGAUGAAACAGGCGGAACUACAGCGGACAAUGGUUUGAUUAACUCGUGCAAUUUCGGUACGACAUUCUUCAAAACCUGCUUCAACUGUCCUUCGCAAGUUCCUACCGUAGCCAACCCUGUUCCUCCUCCCUCCAUCGCCAAGGGCCAGUCUGGUUACAGAGAGAUGUUGCCGGACAACUGCGACUCAAAGUGGUGGGACCCCAUUGCUGCCACCUGUCUGUGUAGUUCUUCCCACUGCGAGUAUAAAGACACAGCCGUGAUGGUGGACAAUAUGAACGGUGGAGCUGAUUCGUCGUCAGGCUCCAGAUCAAAGAACUCAAUCAUAGUGGGUAAGCCCCAAUCGUCAGACACCGUGAAAGCCGACGCAAAGAUAGAAGUUGGCUUGAUGGUAUUGAUGAUAUUAUAUGGAUGGAUGUAG